GCGACAUUAAACCAAACGACACUGUCUGAGACGGUCCUUAUCUGUCCACAUCUACCAAUAGAGGUUCAUACUCUUCCGUACAUGGCAAAUACUACGGCUCAAGUCAUCACUUUGUUAACAUGCAUCGGCAACGGAAUUUCCUGUCCAGUGGCUACAGUGGAAAAUCUUUUAGUCCCCGCUGUUGUUUUGAAAAAUCGUAGUUUGUGGACAGUCUUUAACACCUCAGUUUUAUGCCUGGCAUUCAGUGAUUUGUUAAUCGCCAUGUUUGCACAGCCAGCGUUCAUUGCUUAUCAGACAGGAAAGUAUAUAAGCUCUUUCGCUUGUAUAGUCCCUAUUUUAUUAAAACCGUGUUCGAGUUCUGGUGCGUGGGGUAGUCAUUUAUCACUCUCGCGCUCAUAACAUUGGAGAGACACUUUGCGGUGUUCAAACCGUUUCAUAAUCGCGCUUCUGUGACGCGAUUUCGCGUGCUAUUAGCCUGAGUAUCAGGCGUUUCUUGGGGGAAAGGGCCCCUUAGGAAGGCCUGAUACUCAGGCUGGCGUGCUAUGCGUUACUCUAAGUGGAUGGAUCGCGUGGACAGUUUUCAGCUUCGGCCUUCGAUUUUCUCCAAAUGGCAUGAACCUUAAAACAUACUCAAUUGUAUCCUCUAUCGUAAUAUCAUUUACUGUAAUCGCAACAGUAUUCGUUUGUAUUAAAUUGUACAACGCCACUAAAAUCAAAGACUGCUCUGUUAAAACUGUGAAAGGUUUGAACCCCGGGGGGGCACUUGGGUAUUUUUUGGGUGGGUAUGUGCCGCCCGGGACUCCAAAUUGGCACCCCUUUCUAAAAAAAAAUUCCCCUAAAAUUGAUACCCCGCUUUAGAAAUGGGCCAAUUUUUUAUAGCCCGUUCUAGAAAUCACCCUAAAACUGAUACCCCGUUCUAGAAAUGGGCUAAUUUUUUAUACUCCGUUCUAGGGUGCAACAAGAGUAUAACAGUUUGCUUCAGUAACGCAUUGAGCCGUAUUUUUAAAAGCAAUCUGUCCUUGAAUAAUUUCAAAUGGUUGCUUACAAACCUGGAGCUUUCAUGCGUUCGAAAUAUUAUACCCCGUUCUAGAAAACGCCUCUAAGCCCCUUUCUAAACCAGGAGCUUUAAAAUCACGACCCCGUUGGGCGGCACAUACCCGUAUAGGUAAUGUAUGGGAGUCCCCCGGGGUUUGAAGCCAGGGGUCAUUUCAAAAGUAGGUUGAGUUUGAUCGUCCGGGUAAACGUAGUCCUUAUGUGGCUAAUAACCAAUCGGACCCAAACAGAACGAGUGAUAUAAACUCACAGGAAGCUAAGACCGCUAAAACAGUUGUAAUCAUAACUGCGGCUUUUUCCCUCUACUUCGUUCCGACUCUUUGCGCGUCCCUCGUGCACCAGGCUGGCGCGGCACAGGAUGACGUCAUGUUGCAUUUGAUUUAUCCAUUGGCUGAAAGUGCGCUAUUUUUAACUGCAGUGAUCAAUCCCUUGAUUUAUGCGUGGAGAAAUGCGUUAGUCAGAGAAGGCCUAGAAGCAGCUAUUCGAUACAAAAAAGGACCCAUCUAA